AGAAAAAUGAAAAAGAGUUUAGACUCUGUGUCCACUGUGGAGCAAAGGUAAGAUAAAGAAGCAAAGAAAGUGGGAAGGCCAUAGCCGCCGAAAGACAUAAUAAGCCAAUGGACGCAAGCGGUUUGAGAAUCCUAACCCCUUUCUCUCCUUUCCGAAUGCGCUCAACAAAAGCUCCUCUCUUUGGUUCUCUGUACUUGGCUCAUCUCAACCGCAAAGUCCGCCUCUCUCUGCACUCCACUCGUUUCUCUGCCCUCUGCUCUCUCUCUGAUGGGGGCAAAGAGCAUGGGGUAGGGGAAGCAGUGAAGGAAGUCUCACGAAACAAGAUUCUUCAAGUGGUUCUAGUAUCUCCUCAGAUUCCUGGAAAUACAGGUUGCAUUGCCAGAACAUGUGCAGCAUCAGCUGUUGGACUUCACCUAGUUGGGCCAUUAGGAUUCAAGGUUGAUGAUGCAAAGUUAAAGCGAGCUGGAUUGGACUAUUGGCCAUAUGUGGUUGUUAAAGUUCACAGCUCAUGGGCAGAGUUCCAAGACUAUUUCAGGCAACAGGAUGGUGAAAAGCGGUUGCUCGCAUUUACAAAGAGAGGAACAAGUUUUCAUUCAGGAGAGAGCUUAAUCAUUCUUGGUUUGGGUUCCUUGGUAAACAUCAAUGUUCUGAAUCAAACCUGACUUGAACAAUGAAAUUUUUUUUCUUAUGUAGAUGUCUUUUAUUUGUGACAUUGGCCGGUCGAUCUAAUAUGUUAUAAAUUCUCGCAGUAAUUGCAUUUCAUACACUCGAUUUUCAUUUUUCUUUCCUCGAAUCUUUUAGAGUCUGUUACAUUUGUCCAUUAUUCCAUUAAACUUGGGAAGAAAGGAUGCAGCAUGCUCGCGAGCAGUUGGCUGGUAAAUUUUGAUACUUGGUCACUCACAUAGAAAGCGAUACUGAAUCUCAAUGUUUGGUGGUCAUUGAUGGCUACAUCCCAUUAACUGUCAUGAGAUCAUGCGAACUGAUAGGCCCUCAAUUUGACAAUAGUCAUGCUGCCAAAACACUUUCCACAAUAUGCUUCUCUAAUAUUAAAAAAGUGUAAACAGUUUAUUCACUUUUCAGACCAUAAUAUUUACUUCUUUCACCGAUAUGAACCAUGGACUCUUGCAGUGUUUGGAUCUACUUGGAAAUGUCUCAAGAUAAUCCUCUUUUGUGAUAAGAAUUUAUGUAUUUUUUCACGAAGGCUUUGUCGCCUUUCUUUUAUAUAAUUACUCUCUCUUAGCGGAGCAUUGCACACGCUCCUCCAAAGUACUCGUUUACUUUAGUGUGGAGAUGUAUUUGCACUCCCAUACUAAAGCACAGAAGAAUACUGGAGAGUGCCAUCCGCACUGCCCGUUUCUUGUCAUGAAACUGAAAUUUUAGCAACUCGUCUGUUUUUGUUGACAUAACACUGUUGGCUGGCCAAUGAAAUAAGUAUUUGAAACUGACUACACUAGUUCAA